UUUGUGUAAAUUCAUGUUUGCAUUAAAUGGCAACACCGUACAGUAUACACAAAAUAUUUCGUGGUAAUCUAAAUUUUUUUUAUUGAAAUGACGUUUAGUUCGUGUCAUUUUUUAUGUUAUAUUUUGGGUGUAUCGUUCACACUGAGCGCAGAGGAUUAUAAAUGAAUAUUAAAGGCAUUAUUAAAUAAUUUUUUAUAUAUAUAAAUUAUGUGUUUAUGUAAAUAUUAAAUAAAAAAGUGCAAUGAUAAAUGAACGGUUAUAAGGACGCCCGGUAUUGAAUAUAAAAGAGGAGUAAGAAAAACAAAUUACACAAACGAAAAUAAGACAAAACAUAAGCAACAAUUCGUCACAGUCAUUUUUUGAGAAGUAUUCGUCAUAGUGGUAAAAGCAGAAGUUUUACAUUCUUCGAAAGAGCAAACUAAAGUGUAGCAAAUAUAGCAAUAGACGCAGUAGAAGUAGCAGUACCAAUGAACACGCUUUCCGCGGCAGCAGCGAGGCCGUCACCUUCAGAUGAAAAUGUCGGUGGGGGUGGUGAUAAUGAUGCAAGUUCUAGACGACAAGCAACGCGUGUCUUUAAAAAAUCCUCUUCAAAUGGCAAAAUCACAGUGUACCUGGGCAAACGAGAUUUCGUUGAUCACAUAACACAUGUAGAUCCCAUCGAUGGUGUUGUAUUUAUAGAUCCCGAAUAUGUUAAAGAUCGCAAAGUAUUUGGACAAGUGCUUGCCGCUUUUCGUUAUGGUCGGGAAGAUUUAGAUGUGUUAGGUCUCACAUUUCGAAAAGAUUUAUACCUAGCGCACGAACAAAUUUAUCCAGCACCAACACCAGAACGUCCGUUAACGCGCCUACAAGAAAGGCUCAUUAAAAAAUUGGGCCCCAAUGCAUAUCCUUUUUAUUUCGAAGUUCCUCCUUACUGUCCGGCUUCAGUGUCGUUACAGCCAGCGCCAGGUGAUACAGGCAAAUCAUGUGGAGUCGAUUAUGAGCUCAAGGCAUUUGUGGGUAAGUGCAUAAUUAAAGUACAAUAAUAAUACUUUU